CACCACUGUAAGGUAAGACAGUCGCUCUGUGUGUGUCGCUCUCUGGCUCUCGGCUGCAUUCACACCAGCAAACUCCAUGGUGGUUUGGUUGCCUCCACAAACUGCUGCUGCGUUUUAAGUAGUCAUGGCGGGAGGGAUCUUCACCAACCUGGACAAUCUGUGUACUGUGGACUGUACCAACGUGCACCCGCUGGUGUGCCCCUUGUGUCGGGAGCAGUACCAGAGUCCUUGCUUGCUGGACUGCUACCACAUCUUCUGUGCUCGGUGUUUGCGUGGUCGGACCAAUGGGUGUCACCUCAGCUGCCCCCUCUGUGGAUACUUGUCCAUCGUCAAAGGCAACACUUCUCUGCCACCAGAGGAUCGACUGCUCAAGUUUCUGGUCGACAACAAUGCGGAUGUUGAAGAGAAAGUGCAAUGUGCCAACUGUGAUGAAGAGAACGAUAAAAAGGACUCGGCGGUGAUGUUCUACUGCAACACCUGCUGUCAGCCGCUGUGUAGCGCCUGCAGGGAGCUGACACAUAAGGCCAGAAUGUUUGCCCAUCAUGAGAUUGUGUCCUUGGCCAAGCGCAACAAGGCAAAACACAGGAAGUGCACUCUCCAUCAGGAGCCCUACAUCCUCUUCUCCACUGAGAACAAGUCCAUGUUGUGUAUCAAGUGUUUCAGAGACAUGCAAGUGGAGAGUCGGACGCACUGCAUUGAUAUAGAAACGGCAUACAUGCAGGGAUGUGAGAGACUGGACCAGGCGGUUCUGGUGGUGAAAGAUCUUCAAACGUCCACUCAAGAAGCCAUUUAUCUCCUGAGAGCCAUGAUUGGAGAGGUGUGUCUGAACGUGGAGGAGGAGGAGAGCGCCAUCUGUGCUCUCUUCAACAGCUUGCAGGAGAAACUUGCAGAGAGGAAGAAGAUCCUACUGAGAGCAGCUCAGAGUCAACAUGAGGAGAAGGAGCGAGCGCUGAAGGACCAGCUGACUCACCUCAGCGUCCUCCUGCCCACCCUGCAGGUUCAUCUGGUGACGUGCUCUGCCUUCCUUAGUUCUGCAAACAUGUUUGAGUUUUUGGACAUGGGUUAUCAACUGAUGGAGAGGCUGAAGAAGAUCGUGAAGUUGCCACACAGACUCAGACCAGUGCAGAGCAGCAAAAUCAAUACGGAUUACAGGACAGAGUUUGCCCGUUGUCUGGAGCCGUUGCUGCAGAUCGGCCAGCGCUGCCCACUCUCAAUUACCGGCUCAAGCGUGGCGACACGGCUCCAGUCUCCUCUCUCCAUGUCUUGCCGCUCGCCGUCUCUGAGUGACAUGCCGUCUAGCUCUGUGUUCGGGCGACGACCCACGUCUCAUCGCAACAUCUGCACCAAAGUUCUGCUGGCCGAAGGGAAGGAGACACCGUUCACAGAGCACUGCCACAACUACGAGAACACUUACCGGACACUUCAGACCGAAAUUCAGAGUCUGAAGGACCAGGUUCAGGAGCUGCACCGUGACCUGACCAAGCACCACUCCAUCAUCAACACGGAUAAGAUGGGCGAGAUCCUGGACAGAUCACUGCACAUCGACAGCCAGAUAACAGCCCACUACUCCACCGUGGAAACUAUGAGAGUCAUGUUUGAAGAGAUAUGGGACGACACGUUUCAAAGAGUCACGAACGAGCAGGAGAUUUAUGAAGCUCAGCUGCAGGAUCUGAUGCAGCUGAAGCAGGAGAACUCAUAUUUGACCACCAUCGCACGGCAGAUCAGCCCAUAUAUCCUGUCCAUAGCUAAGGUCAAAGAGCGGCUGGAGCCCAGGUUCCAGGAACCUAAAGAGCUUCAUGAUGACCGCACAGAAACAAUGCUGAAAAUAUAUGAAGACAGCAGCAUCACUACAGACAGCCAUGACAGCGGGGCCACCGACCACAACGGGGACCAGAAGAGCCAUGCGCUGAUUCUGGAGUCCUCGGAGACGCCUGUCAAAACCAAUCGACCCAGCAGGCACCGCAGCCCCACGGAGACGUCCAGCCUCAUUGUGACACCUUCAUAAAAACCUGUCACCACGCCUGCGUCUUGGAGCAGCAGAGCUGGUUAAUUCGAUGGCAACAGGCUGGCAAUGGCAUGCAGCUCACUCUCCAGUCCUCACACUGAACAUGCCAAACGUUUUUUCAGCAGCCAGAGAUGGGAGCCUUUAACAGCGGGGACUAAGUGGAAGAGCACUUGCCUAUGUUGAAGCAAGCCCUGCGAGAAGAGAAGCAUUCUUCUGAAAUGACUGUGUCCUUCUGUUUUUCAUGAAAAUGAUGUUCAUUCGUGAAGUACAAGAGCACAAGACGUUUCAAGACGACAUUCAAAUGUUUGUGGCUUGAUGGUCAAGUGAUCUUACCAGUAGGCUACAUGCUAUGCUGUGGAAAAAAAAUAUUUUGUGUGUUUCCUGCAGUAAUUUUUAUGUAAGUACUGAAGAAGAUUUUCUCGUUUUAGUGUCUUUUGUUUAAUUGUCAUCUGUUUCCUUCCUGUCAGGAUAAGCUUCCGGCAUUAGCAGGUGUCAGUGACAAAAAAAAGUGUAGCUGAUGAAUGCUUGGUAAUGAUAAAAGUAUUCUAUUCCAAAAGUUAAAUAGCAAUUCAACAAUGUUUAUAGUGGUCAUAGAAUCUUGUUGUACUGUUUUAGAAUUUAGCAAACGGUUGCCAACAUGGGUGUUUGGCUGCUGUUUACUGGACGUAUCAUUUCAAGCUAAUAGGUGAAUUGGUGGGAUAAAAGUCUAUUGUUUCCCAUUUUAAAUGAGUUGCACAGUCUGAUGUCACUAUUGUGUUGUCACUUUGGAGUGUGAAGCUGAAAGACAACUACGUCU